AUGUCGACCAUGACUCCGACAAGGCAAGCCAAGGAAGUCGAGACCAAGGUGGUCACCGGCUCCGAGGCCUUCAACGAGGCCAUGAUCAAGGAGCCGCCCAGUGCCUGGACCAAGGCUCAGAUCCUGAUCUACGCCUUCUCUCUCGUUGGUUUCUUCUGUUCCACCAUGAACGGAUACGACGGUUCUCUCAUCAACAACUUGCUGCAAAACCCCUCCUUCAAGGAGCGCUAUGGAGCCAAGAACGACGGUAUCUGGGCCGGUAUCAUCUCUUCCAUCUAUCAGAUCGGUGGUGUCGUCGCUCUUCCCUUCGUCGGCCCGGCCCUUGACACCUGGGGUCGCCGCAUCGGUAUGCUCAUCGGAGCCAGCAUCAUCAUUAUCGGAACCUGCAUUCAGGCCACUGCCAACGGCACCGGCCAAUUCAUGGGCGGCCGUUUCCUUCUCGGUUUCGGUGUUUCUAUUGCUGCCUCGGCCGGUCCCAUGUACGUCGUUGAGAUCAACCACCCCGCUUACCGCGGUGUCGUUGGUGCCAUGUACAACACCCUUUGGUUCUCUGGUGCCAUUGUUGCCUCCGGCACUGCACGAGGUGCACUUGAAAUUCAUGGAGUGCUCACCAAGUACCACGGCAACGGCAACCCCGACUCCCCUUGGGUAAAGCUGCAAUUGCACGAGUAUGAAGAGCUUCUCGAUAUGGACGGUGCCGAUAAGCGCUGGUGGGAUUACCGCGCUCUCUUCCGCAACCGCGCCUCUGUCUACCGUCUUUGCUGCAACAUGUGCGUUUCCAUCUUCGGAAACGCUGUUCUGUCUUACUUCCUCGGUUCCGUCCUCGACACCGCCGGCUACAGGCACCCCAUCCAGCAGGCCAACAUCACUCUCAUCAACUCCUGUCAACAAUUCGCCUGCGCCAUCUUCGGUGCUAUGUUUGUCGACAAGGUUGGACGUCGCCCGCUCCUUCUCUUCUCUUUCUCCGCCUGUACUGUCGUCUGGCUCGGCAUGACCAUCGCCUCCGGCAUUCUUCACCAGUCCGAGACCAUCAACGCUGAUGGUGAAUCCGAGUUCCACAACGCGGCUGCUUCACAGGCCUGCUUGGCUAUGAUUUUCCUCUUCGGUUCCGUCUACUCCGUCGGUAUUACUCCCCUCCAGGCCCUCUACCCCGUCGAAGUUCUCUCCUUCGAGAUGCGUGCCAAGGGUAUGGCUUUCUCCAACUUGGCUGUCAACGCUGCCGGUCUGCUCAACCAGUUCGCCUGGCCCGUGUCCAUGGAGAAGAUUGCCUGGAAGACUUACAUUAUCUUCACAAUUUGGGAUGCUGUUCAGACUAUAACAAUCUGGAUGUUUAUUCCAGAGACCAAAGGGCGCACUCUUGAGGAACUCGACCACAUCUUCGCCGCCAAGAACCCCGUCAAGGAGUCCACCCAGAAGAAGGAGGUUGCCGUCGACCGCUACGGCGACGUCGUCAACGUCCAGAACGUCUAA